UUACUUCCAGACUGAAAUGCAGUCCUUCAGUUUCACCAAGUCUGCAUACGGACUAGGACCUUGCUUGACUACCAUCAAACAGACCUGCUUUUCAUGUAAAGUGAGGAAAUCUUAGGAGCUGAGUACUUUUGAGGACUGUUUGUCUUUCUCAUUAAGGAUUCGGACAGAGUCUGACUGUACAGAGGAAAGCUUUUGAUAAUGAAAACAAUGGAGAACGGCCAUCCAAGUGAUAACUGCACAGCAGAGAAUCUGCCACUGUACAAAUUUUACGCCUCUGUGAUGAUCAUGGAAUUCACCCUGGCUCUGCCGCUCAACCUCUCAGUGCUUUAUCUAUUCAUCUUCAAGCUGAAGUUCUGGAAAUCUAAAACCAACAACAUUUUCCUGUUCAAUCUCGUCUUGGCUGACGUUCUUCUGCUUAUAUGUUUGCCAGUAAAGGCAUAUCAAUUUCUUAAUGGGAAUCGGCGGAGUACAGAGGGAGGGAUCUGCAAAGCCAUGCUCUUCAUGCUGUUUCUGAACCGAGGUGCCAGUAUCGCCUUCCUGACUGUGAUUUCAGUUGAUCGCUAUUUCAAUGUGGUUCAUCCUGGGAAAAAGAACUUUGCCAAGGCUUUUAAAAGGUCUCCUCAUAUCUCUUUCCUCAUCUGGCUACUGCUGCUCCCCCUGACUAUCCCCACCAUGCUGAAGUCCUUUGAGUGCUGUAAUAGUUAUGGGCGUGAAGAUGACACUCUAGUCGAGGAUGUCACUGACACUCUGAGAGAGGUUGUGUUUUUCACCCAGAUUCUCAUCCCUUUCUUUGUGUUGGUCUACUGCACGGUCCGCAUUGUUAACAGACUAAAAAAGAAGACCGUAGGGGAUAGUACCAAGCUGCGUCGAGCAGUGUUUCUGGUCACCUCAGUAAUGCUGGUCUUUUCUUUCUGUUUCCUGCCUUGUACCAUAGCUAGAAUGGUUCUGUUGAUUGUGAGAGUUGAGAAUUUACCCGGAGCAGAAGCUAUAGUUGUUCAAGUCUUUGACGGUCUCAUGGUUUUGUCCUACUUGGAUUGUUUAGUGGACCCAAUUGUGUACUGCUUAAGCAGCACUAAGUUCAAAAGUCUCUACCUGACAACGUAUUGCCGCUGUCUACUGAGCGAAAAUGCAGAAAUAGCUGAGAGCACAAUCUCAAAAGGAAACAACUCAAGCCCAAAACGCAACAACAAUAUAUUGUUGCAUAGUAGGUAAAAAGAGGACAUGAAAAUGACUGUUUUAUUACUGACUUUAUGACUGUUCUCAUGGUAAGACACUCAUGUUAGUUUGCCAAACCAGACGUGUUUGUUACCAUCAGCAUGUUAAACAGCUCAUAAUGACUGUGUUGUUCCUAAUUGUCUGGGUCAAAUAACAAAGAUGUGUCGUUGCUGUUGUUUUUAUAGCUGUCUCUCUGGCCAUUUGUCCAUUUACCUUAUUAUGUCAGGGGUUGAAUACUUAUUGACUCAAGACAUUUCAGGUAAACACUUCACUUGAUACCCAGCGUCAUAACACGUAAUGGCACAGUCUUAACCAUGUCAUAAUAUGUCAUAACAGCUGACAUAACUUGUCAUAAAUUGUCCUAAUAGGGUCAUAACACUGUCAUGACCAAUAUAUUUACACCUGUUGUCAAAUAUAUUGCGUUAUUUUAUGGCUGGUUAUGAAAUCUAUAUGAGGGUGUCAAAAUGCACAAAACUUACCACGGUAAAAAAAGGGCAACCACAAGAAUCAUUGAGCAAUUAUUACAAGAGCAGAAGAAAACCGACCAAUCUGAUGAGUAUUUGGCAAAACUAUUUUGAACUGGAAUAAAUGCUGCACUUAUUAACAAUGAUCAACACAAUUCCAGUCAAAAUAGAUUGUAAGACAUUCUGUAGCCUACCAUUACUAUACCCAACCCAAAUCCUUUUGUUGCCAUUAUCAUGUAUCCAAGUGGUUUUCAAACUUUUUGACCUGCAAUCUCCAAAACAGAGUGGUAGAAAACAGGAAACCCUGUUCACUCAAAUGUGCAUGUGCACACGGUGAUGCAUUUUCAAAACUCAAGAUAUGCUACAGAAAUAAACUACGUUUUACACUUGCAUUUGGAGCUGAAAGACUUUCAUGUUAGUGGCCAAUAUCAACUAUGGAUAUAUCUGUAUAUAGCUAUGUACAUUUAUUGUUAUGUACAUUUCUUGCUAUGUAUGUUAUUGUUAUGUACAUUUCUUGUAAUUCACUUCAUUGAUUUGAUUUUUAAAAAACUUUGUUUAUUUAGUAAAUAUUUUAUUAACUCCA